CACAAAGCCAUGGGACACCAGUCUUUGAGACCCGUGCAGCUGCUUUGUCUCCUAGGGGCCAUCUCUUCUCUGCCUCGGGGCGAGGCCCUUUUGUGUUAUGAAGCAAUAGCCUCCAACUUCAGGACAGUUUCCUUCCAUGACUGGGAUUGGCUGCUGACAAGGAGCAUGGUGUGUAAGCUGAGAGAAGGCUGUGAGGAGACUGUAUUGCUCAUCGAGACAGGAACCAGCAGAGGAAUUGUGAGUUUUAAAGGCUGCAGCUCAGCCACCUCUUACCCGCCUCAAGUCUCCUACCUUGUUUCACCACCUGGAAUCUCCGUCGCCUCCUACAGCCACAUCUGCCGGUCUUACCUCUGCAACAACCUCACCAACGUAGACCCGUUUUGGAGGAUCAAGUCUAAUUUCCCCAAGAACAUCCCUCUGUCCACCCGUACUUGCCCCACCUGUGUGGGCAGAUUCGAUGAGGAAUGCCAUCCAGCUUUUGCCACCAACGAGACUUGCCCCUACAGUGCCUCUACGUGCUACAGCUCCACCUUAAAGGUUGAGGCGGGAGAUCUCAACAGCACCUUCUUGCUCAUGGGCUGCGCUCGCCAGUAUCGCAGGCUCUUAGCGGAUUUUCAGCACGUGGGAAGCAUCCAGGUCACUGAGACCCUUAACGGUAUGGAAAAAUCCCAGAACACAGGUGCAGGCGCUUUCCGCCAUGGUUCUCUGGGAAUCCUCAUCCUAGGCCUUCUCCUUGCCUUCAGCCACUGACUGUCCAGCUGGACCGGACAAGCACCCAGACCCCUUUGCCUAACCAA